UGCUCUCCGCCCAAGUGGUGUCUGAGCCAGACUCAAAGUGUGGCCCCGUCUCCAGCCGUGUCUGCAUCACCCGGGCCCUGGGCCUCACUGGGGACCUUGUGAGAAAUGCAGCCACUUGGCUUCCCUGCCCCCACCCCAGACCUGCUGAGUCGAAUCUCCGUUUUAGGAAAUUCCUAGGAGACUCGUGCUCACACAAGAGCUUGACAAGCACAGUCCUGGAGGACUCUGGAAUCUGAGAGCCCACAGUGCCUCGGGAAAAAUUGGCUGAAUAAAAGGGCAAUCAGGACGCCACGGCUCCGCCUGAAGCGAUGGCCCAGCCCUACCCCCCUGCCCAGUACCCCCCUCCGCCACAGAACGGCAUCCCUGCCGAGUACGCACCACCCCCUCCACAUCCUACGCAGGACUACUCGGGCCAGACCCCGGUCCCCCCGGAGCACGGCCUGACCCUGUACACACCAGCACAGACCCACCCCGAGCAGCCAGGCACCGAGGCCAGCACACAGCCCAUCGCCGGUGCCCAGACAGUGCCGCAGACAGACGAAGCGGCACAGACGGACAGCCAGCCACUGCACCCCUCCGACCCCACAGAGAAGCAGCAGCCCAAGCGGCUACACGUCUCCAACAUCCCCUUCCGGUUCAGGGACCCCGACCUGCGGCAAAUGUUCGGGCAAUUCGGAAAAAUUUUAGACGUGGAGAUCAUUUUUAACGAGCGGGGCUCCAAGGGCUUUGGGUUUGUAACUUUUGAAACUAGCUCAGAUGCUGACCGAGCCCGGGAGAAGCUGAAUGGGACGAUCGUAGAGGGACGGAAAAUUGAGGUCAAUAAUGCCACAGCCCGUGUCAUGACCAACAAGAAGACCGCGAACCCCUACACUAACGGCUGGAAGCUAAAUCCCGUGGUAGGCGCAGUCUACGGGCCUGAAUUCUAUGCAGUGACGGGGUUCCCCUACCCCACCACGGGCACAGCCGUUGCCUACAGGGGCGCGCACCUACGGGGUCGGGGCCGGGCCGUGUAUAACACGUUUCGGGCUGCGCCGCCCCCGCCCCCCAUCCCAACUUACGGAGCGGCGCUGGAGCAAACGCUUGUUAAAAUGCCAGUCCCAUGGGCAGGGCUGGCACCCUGCCCCCUCCCUCCUCAGCAGACACCGGAGCCGGCCUACCCCACCUCUCCAGCGUUCCCACCACUCUCUUGUCCGUUUGCUUCCAGGGUCGUGUAUCAGGAUGGCUUUUAUGGUGCUGAGAUUUAUGGGGGCUACGCAGCCUACAGAUACGCUCAGCCUGCGGCAGCCGCGGCAGCCUACAGCGACAGUUACGGCAGAGUCUAUGCAGCUGCUGACCCCUACCACCACACCAUCGGCCCCGCAGCGACCUACAGCAUCGGAACCAUGUGAAAGCUUCCACCGUUUCCUUCUUGGACCAUGAAGGGCAAAAACAAAAAACAAAAAAA